CUUACCUCUGACACAAUGAAAUCCUUCGUAGCCGUCUUCGCCCUCGUGGCUCUCGCCGCCGCCGAUGUGGUGCACCUGCCACGCGGCGCCGGCGCCGACGCCGACGCCCAGAUUGUCAAGCAGGAGGCCGACGUCGGCCCCGAGAGCUUCCAAUUCAGCUACCAGACCAGCAACGGCAUCGCCGGUCAGGAGAGCGGAGCCCUGAAGAACGUUGGCAGCGAAGCCGAGGCUAUCUCCGUCCAGGGAUCCAACCAGUACACCGCCCCCGGUGGUGAGGUUAUUUCUCUGACCUACACCGCUGACGAGAACGGCUACCAGCCCCAGGGUGCUCACCUCCCCACUCCCCCCGCGCCCGAGGCCAUCCCCGAAUACAUCGUCAGGUCCAUCAAGUACAACGCCGAACACGCCGCGCGCGAGGCGAGCCCACAAAGCGCUUACAAGGCAAGGUUCUAAACCUUCAACUAGUCGAUAAUUUACAAUACUUCAUGAAAUAUCACUGCCUAUGAUGUCACCUCUAGUCUAAGCUUGUAAAUGAAUUAAAAUACACUUAAUUGUA